AUGUCGAAAGUGAAUACCGGCGAACUUUUGGACUUUCAAGAUUACUCUCCAGAACACAAUAAUCGGACUGCACGUAUUGACGUGGAGGCUGUGCAUACAAAUCAAUAUAAUAACACAAUAUCCAAUCCUAAUUAUGCUUUUGAGGAAUCUAAAAUUACUGAAGAACCUGAAGCCCCACCACAGACUAACCACAACUUCUGGACCAUUGAAUAUUACCAGAAAUAUUUUGAUGUGCAGACAAAUGAGGUGGUAGAAAGGAUCAUAUCAUCAGUGUUACCACAGAAGGUUUCCCGCAAUUACUUUGAUGAGAAAAUUAAGGGUAAACCAGAUUUAUAUGGCCCUAUAUGGAUUUCUGUUACCCUUAUAUUUACAAUAGCAGUAAGUGGCAACAUCGCCAGCUACUUACAGAAUGCUAACAACAAGUCUUUCCAGUGGCGGUAUGAUUUCCACAUGGUGUCAAUAGCGGCUACUGCCAUAGCUACCUACGUAUGGAUUGUACCACUGGCGCUGUGGGCGUCGCUCAAAUGGACAACUAACACUGAUGCACAUGAUGAAAUUGAAAACCAGGAUACUAAAUCGCCCACAAUGAUUUCACUCUUCUGUCUCUACGGAUACUCCCUCUCGAUCUAUGUACCGGUGGCCGUAUUCUGGACAAUCCAAGUAUUCUGGCUGCAAUGGCUCUUAGUGUUGAUGGCUGCGUUCGUCUCCGGUGCUGUUCUCAUAUUCUGGCUCCUACCAGCAUUGAAAAAGUCUAAAUACUUCUUAAUAUUGGGGGGGUUGAUACUUGCCUGUCACUUUCUGUUAGCUGCUGGCUUCAUGUUAUAUUUCUUUCAUAGACCAAGUACAGUUGUUGACAAUGUGAUAGUACCUAUUGUUACUACAACAGUUAAGUCUGUAGUUGCUAAAAAUUGA